AUGUUCAGGCUGCGAUUUCUUGUAGCUCUUCUUCGAUUGUGCAUCUCCGUUCUCGCAGCACCGUUGUCCAGUACGCCAUCUCUGGGACUCCUCAACGGCAAAACCCUCAAUCUAGCACCUCCAACAAACCUUAGCCUGCACGACCAACCCAACUUAGGAGUCCUGCCCUCGGAUCCACUCUUCCGCCACAUCCCGGGCUCCACCGUCACCAUAACCUUCCGCAACUACACCAUCACCAUCAGCCGCUUGGACUCUAAGCGAUGUGUCGAAGCAGCCUUAGGGGACGUCUUGACUCAUGGAGACCGACGUUACACCAAAGUCAAUACGCCUCGAGAGUACGCAUGGGGAACGGUGGAGCUGUCGAUACUUCCCGAAGACGCCAUGCGAUGGGUGGAGUUGUCGCACCUGGUACAGUCGAUCCAGGCAUGGUUAAAGGUGUAUGAUUCAGUGGAUAUGAAUUUUGAUGUCCUCGUGGACGGAGUGGGGAGAGUGGGGACAGGGCGGUUGGCGAAUGUCAUUUAG